AAGAGAGGGGUAGGGCGCUCAAAAAUGUCGUCACGUCCGGGUCUAUGGUGUGUUUUGUUUCUAGAAGUAAUUUCGCAACAGCUUGGAAUCGCAAGAAGGUUCUGCAGCCUGGUUUUUGCUUUAUGUUUAUCCUGUGUGUAAUCCGCAUAUAUGUUGUCUUCUUGAGAGGUAUCCAGACACCCUGUCUGCUUUUUCACAUAAACAGAAUCGAGGCUGUGAUGGAAAAACAUCACCAGCAUUUGCAGUAUCAGUGAAAUUGCUGAGCACCCAGACUUUGUUAAGAGGAAAGAGCCAGUAGCUUGUGGAAGGCUGGUAGCCAUGCUGUGCUGGGGUAAUGCUUCCUUCGGGCAGCUGGGGGUGGGUGGAAUCGACGAGGAGAUUGUCAUCGAGCCCAGGAGCUGCAAGUUCUUCCACGGUAAAAAGAUCCGCGAUGUGGGGUGUGGGCGAAGGCACACAGUGUUUGUGCUGGAAGACGGGACAGUCUACACUUGCGGCUGUAAUGAUCUGGGGCAACUGGGCCACGAAAAGGCGAGAAAGAAACCAGAACAUGUUGGUGCCUUAGAUGCUCAGAACAUUGUGGCAGUGUCUUGCGGGGAGGCGCACACUCUUGCCCUGAAUGACAAGGGGCAGGUGUUUGCAUGGGGCCCAGCAGCCGAUGGACAGCUGGGCCUGCCAGGUACAGAAGAGUGUGUCCGAGUGCCCAGAACCAUCAAGAGUUUGUCUGAUGUUCAGAUAAUCCAGGUGGCAUGUGGACAUCAGCACUCUCUCGCAUUAUCUAAAGGAAGUCAGAUCUUCUCGUGGGGACAGAAUAAAUUUGGGCAGCUUGGACUGGGCUGUGAAAACAAAAGCCAGUGUUCCCCGCAGAUAAUUCGGUCUUUGCUGGGUGUUCCCUUUGCCCAGAUAGCAGCUGGAGGAGCCCACAGCUUCGCACUCACGCUCUCAGGGGCCGUGUUUGGCUGGGGACGCAACAAGUUUGGACAGCUCGGUCUAAAUGAUGAGAGAGACAGGUAUGCUCCUGUACUCCUUAAGUCGCUCAGAACACAGAAGAUUGUUUACAUAAGUUGCGGAGAAGAUCACACAGCUGCACUUACCAAGGAGGGAGGUGUGUUUACAUUUGGAGCUGGAGGAUAUGGACAGUUAGGUCAUAACACUACCAGUCAUGAGAUAAACCCCAGGAAAGUCUUUGAACUGAUGGGAAGUGUUGUCACACAGAUAGCCUGUGGUAGGCAGCACACUUUAGCAUUUGUCCCCUCGUGUGGAAGAAUUUACUCUUUUGGGCUGGGAGGUAAUGGACAACUGGGAACAGGAUCUACGUGUAACCGGAGUAGUCCCUUCACUGUCCAGGGAAAGUGGGUUGCACACAAUAGCCAGUGUCCCCCUAAUACAAAUAUUGAAGAGUACUGUUGUGUCAAGAGAAUUUACGCAGGUGGAGACCAAAGCUUUGCACAUUACUACACUCCUGAGAAUUCUUUGCCAGCAGAUGAUUUCCGGAAUUCAGAUUUUCUGAGAAAGAUUCAUACAUUAAAUUAUGAAACUAUUCAAAGGUGGUUGAACCAUGCUCAAGGCAGGCUUCCUGCUGAUAUAGCAAAUGAGAUAGAUGUGGUGUUCUCUUCUGCAAGCUGUCUAAAUGGAAGCUUCCUAUCAGACAGCCAUCCUCACCAUCAUAAAACCAGCUCUAAAUUUUCAGGGGUUGACAUGAACUCAGCUAGACUGCUGUUUCACAGGCUGAUACAGCAUGAUUAUCCAAACAUUUCUCAACAGGUGGCUGCUAGCAUAGAAAAGAACCUGCUCUCGCAACUUCCCAACUCUCCACCUGAUAUCGAAGCUCUGCGAUUGUACCUUACGCUACCAGAGUGCCCUCUAUUCAGUGACCCCAACAACUUCACAACCUUAGCAAUACCCUUUGCUUUGGCUAUUGUCAGUCUGAAAGAAACGCCACUGAAAGUACUUGAAAACUGGUGGUCUAAACUUGAACCUCAGAUCUUCCAAAGGAUCGUGCAGCUCUAUAAAGAAGUGGUGGUGAACCUCCUGAGAAUUCGCAAGAUUGGGAUCCCUCCCUCAGAGCAGAGGAUCUUCAGCAGCUUCCUGCAUAUCGCCUUGAAGGUCUUAGAGAUUCUCCACAGGGUUAACGAGAGGUCAGCACAAAUCAUACAAUAUGACAAGUUCUACAUUCACGAAUUACACUCCCUGAUAGACAUUAAAAAUGACUACAUCACCUGGAUACAGCAACAGAUGUAUGGGGUGGACCUCAACCAAGGAUUGGAGAUGCCGGACAUGCCUGUCACAAUUUGCACAUACCCUUUUGUCUUUGAUGCCCAAGCUAAGACGACACUAUUGCAAACUGAUGCGGUAUUGCAAAUGCAGAUGGCUGUUGACCAGGCGCACAGGCAGAACUUCUCCUCGUUCUUCAUGCCAGUGGUGGAGUCUGUGAACCCCUGUCUGAUGCUUGUAGUGAGGAGGGAAAACAUUGUAGAGGAUACAAUGGAGGUGCUCAGGAAAACCAAGAAUCUGGAUUACAAGAAGCCGCUCAGGGUGAUCUUUGUUGGGGAGGAAGCUGUGGAUGCAGGAGGUGUUCGGAAAGAAUUCUUCCUGCUCAUAAUGAGAGAGCUGCUGGAUCCCAAAUAUGGCAUGUUUAGAUAUUACGAAGACUCGAGGCUUAUCUGGUUCUCCGACAAGACCUUUGAAGACAUUGACUUGUUCAAUUUGAUUGGUGUUAUCUGUGGCUUGGCGAUAUAUAACUUGACGAUUGUAGAUCUGCAUUUCCCCCUGGCCCUGUAUAAAAAGCUUCUGAAAAAGAAUCCCACACUAGAUGAUCUGAAGGAGCUGAAGCCUGGCGUAGGCAGAAGUAUGCAGCAGCUACUGGAUUAUCCAGAUGAUAAUGUGGAGGACGUAUUCUGUUUGAAUUUCACAAUUACUGUGGAAAAUUUUGGUGCAACAGAAGUCAAAGAACUUAUUCCAAAUGGUGACGAUGUUGUUGUUAACAAACACAACAGGCAGGACUUUGUCAAUGCCUAUGUGGACUAUGUCUUCAAUACAUCAGUUGCUCCACUAUUUGAAGCCUUCUAUGAAGGCUUCCACAAAGUGUGCGGAGGUAAAGUGCUUCAGCUCUUCCAACCCAACGAGCUCCAGGCCAUGGUGAUUGGAAACACCAACUAUGACUGGAAAGAACUGGAGAAGAGUACAGAGUAUAAAGGAGAGUACUGGGCAGACCAUCCCACUAUAAAGCUCUUUUGGGAAGUGUUCCAUGAGCUGCCGCUGGAGGAGAAGAAACAGUUUCUUUUGUUUUUGAGUGGCAGCGACCGCAUUCCUAUCCUGGGGAUGAAGAGCCUCAAGCUAGUGAUCCAGCCCACUGGAGGAGGGGAGCAAUACCUGCCAGUGGCUCACACCUGCUUCAAUCUCUUAGACCUGCCAAAAUACACAGACAAACAAACCCUGAGAGCCAAGCUCAUCCAGGCCAUCGACCACUAUGAAGGAUUCAAUUUAGUGUAAAAAAAAAAAAGACAUCUCUUAUUGCUUGCCUUAUCAGAUGCAGUAUUUUUUUUCGAAAGACUAUCUGGACACUUAGUGGCAAUUUUGAAAGUGACAAAAAACACAAACCAAAAAGUCUUUCAAUGGAAGAGGAACUAAAAUAUGCCUACUGAUAAAAGCUAUCAGUUUGCUGGUAGUCCACUUGUCACAAGAACCUUGUUGCUGGCUUUGUUUUUAUAACAAUACACCCAUUGGAUUCACCCUCUAUAUAGACUGAAGGAUGUGGAAGAGCUGUGUCAUGGUGGGGGUGUGAUUGUGAACAAACUGCUUUAUGCUUUUGUAAAGUGUCAAUGAUUAUAUAUAUAUAAAAUGUAUUUAGCCUUUUGUUUGUUAUUACAUUAGAUGCAUUUAACAGUAGCAGCUACUUUUUAUUUUAUUCAGCAUAUCACAAAUGAAUGUAAUAGUUUAUUGUGUGUAAUGUGUGUUGACUUGUUAGGACCAUGUACACUUAUGAAAAGAAAACAAUCUUAAAGCAUAGGUGCAUAUAAUUAAACUAAGACCUCAAGUUUU